GAUGAGACUAGUUUAUUUAUUAUGUUGGAACAUGUAUGUUCUUCUUCUUCACUCAAAGUACCUUUUUGCACUUGUUGGGUUUUGUCCUACUGCUUUUACCAACUUUUCUCACCUGGGUACCCAUCAAAAUGUAAUCUUUAUUCCAUUUCAAUAACUUUUCAUUGUGUAUGAACAAGUUUUAAUCUUUAUGCUAAAAAAAUUAUUGGGUUGCUUGAAAAUUGAGUAAAAAAUGAAGCUUUUUAUGGUUUUGUACCUUAUGAUUUGGAUUUGGGUAAUUCUCUUUUGUGGUAUUACUGUUCAUAGUGAAAGGCCUGAAAGUGUAAACAUUGGAGCAGUUUUCACCUUUGAUUCAGUCAUAGGUAGAGUUGCAAAGGUGGCUAUGGAAAUGGCUGUUUCUGAUAUCAAUUCUGACCCUACAAUUCUUAGUGAGACUAAUCUCAACUUGAUAAUGAAGGAUGGUAUGUGUAAUGCUUUUCUUGGAUCAACUGGAGCUUUUCAAGUACUUGAGCAAGGGGUUGCAGCCAUAAUUGGUCCACAAUCAUCCGCCAUAGCUCAUUCGAUUUCUCAAAUAGCCGAUGCAGUCCAUGUUCCCCUUAUUUCAUAUGCUGCAACUGAUCCAACCCUAUCAUCCCUUCAAUUUCCUCUCUUUUUCCGUACUAUACAAAGUGACUCAGAGCAAAUGGCCGCAAUGGCCAAUCUGAUCGACUUUAACGGAUGGAAAGAGGUCAUUGUUAUAUUCUUGGAUGACGAUUAUGGAAGAAACGGAAUAUCUGCUUUGAGCGAUGAACUUGAAAAAAGGAGAUUGAAACUAGCUCACAAACUACCUUUAAGCAUUCACUACGAUCUAGAUGAAAUCACUAAGUUGCUCAAUCAAUCCAGAGUAUAUAGUCCUCGUGUUUUUGUCGUUCAUGUUAACCCAGAUCCGAGAUUGAGAAUUUUUUCCAUUGCUCGUAAACUUCAAAUGAUGACUAGUGACUAUGUAUGGCUUGCCACAGAUUGGCUCUCUGCUACCUCACAUUCAUUUUCGUCAGCAAAUCAGAACUCUCUUAGCAUUGUCGAAGGAGUUGUUGCUCUUCGUCAACACGUUCCGGAUUCUAGAAAGAAAAGAGAUUUUAUUUCUCGAUGGAAAAAAAUGCAAAAAGGUGUAGCAAAUACUAGUUUGAACUCCUAUGGAUUUUUCGCUUAUGAUACAGUUUGGACAGUUGCACAUUCAAUUGAUAAAUAUUUGAAAGUAUAUAAUAACAUUACUUUCUCUCUUCAUGAAAACAAUAUGGUACCGCAUACGGAAGGAAUUGGUAUUCAGUUUGAGAAGCUCAAAGUCUUCGCUGGUGGAUCUGAUCUUGUUAACAUAUUAUUACAGUCAAAUUUUAGGGGCCUGAGUGGUCAAAUCCGGUUUAGCUCGGACAGAAAUAUCAUUAGUAGUGGCUAUGAUGUUAUCAAUAUCAAUCAGAUGAAAAUUAAUAAGGUUGGUUAUUGGUCUAAUCACUCAGGAUUUUCUGUUCUACCUCCCGAAGUUCUUGCGAAAAAGAAACAUCGCAGGGUUUCCGUAGAUCAGAAGCUUGGCAAUAUAACUUGGCCAGGUGGGAAAACAGAACGACCGCGCGGCUGGGUGAUUGCUGAUAAUGCGAAGCCGCUGAGAAUAGGAGUGCCAAAGAGAGCAAGUUUUGUUGAAUUUGUAACUGAAGUACAAGAGAUUCAUCAGAUGCAAGGGUAUUGUAUCGAUAUCUUCAUGAAAGCCUUGGAAUUUAUUCCGUAUGAAAUUCCGUUUGUAUUCAAGCCUGUUGGAAACGGUAAAGCAAAUCCAAAUUAUGAUGCACUUGUCAAAAAGCUUGAUGAAAAUGUAUAUGAUGCAGUUGUUGGAGACAUUGCGAUUGUAACAAACCGCACAAAAAUUGCGGACUUUUCUCAGCCUUUUGCAUCGUCAAGCCUUGUUGUAGUGGCUCCUAUCAACAGUUCAAAAUCAAAUGCUUGGGUAUUCCUCAAACCAUUCUCCCCAGAUAUGUGGUGUAUUAUUGUUGCAUCAUUUAUGAUGAUCGGAGUGGUUAUAUGGAUUCUUGAACACCGAGUCAACGAUGACUUUCGUGGUCCUCCUAAGAGACAACUUGUAACAAUGUUUAUGUUCAGCCUCUCAACCCUGUUUAAGACAAAUAAUAAUACCAUAAGCUCACUUUCUAAAAUGGUGUUGAUAGUAUGGCUUUUCCUACUGAUGGUGAUCACUGCUAGCUAUACAGCAAGCUUGACUUCAAUUCUCACAGUGGAGCAGCUUUCGUCGCCGAUCACAGGAAUCGAUAGUUUGAUUGCAAGUAACUGGCCUAUUGGAUACCAAGUAGGGUCAUUUGCUUACAGUUAUCUGACAGAUAAUCUUUAUGUAUCAAGUUCAAGGCUUGUUUCCUUAGGCUCCCCUGAGGAAUAUGCUGUAGCACUUCGGAAUGGACCGUCCGGUGGUGGUGUAGCAGCUAUCGUAGAUGAGCUUCCGUAUGUUGAGUUAUUUCUGUCAAAAGAAACUGAUUUCGGUAUUAUUGGUCAGCCGUUUACUAGAAGCAGUUGGGGAUUUGCUUUUCAAAGAGAAUCUCCUCUUGCACUUGACAUGUCAACAGCAAUUCUAAAACUAGCCGAGAGCGGAGAGCUUCAAAAUAUACAUGAGAAAUGGUUUUGUAAGAUGGGUUGUCCUGGUGAAAGGAAACGCAACUCUAAACCUGACCAACUUCACCUGAGCAGCUUUUGGGGUCUAUAUCUCUCGUGUGGUAUCAUCUCUGUCGUCGCGCUUGUUCUGUUUUUGCUGCGAAUGAUUAGCCAAUAUGUUGGCUUCAAACAAAGUCAAAACGAAGUGGUUGCUUCAUCGUCAAAACCACCAGAAAGUCAUUGUUCGCGGGUUGUUGUUAACUUCUUUAACUUCAUUGAUAAAAAGGAAGAUGCCAUCAAGAAAAUGUUCACUCAAUGUGACAAUCCUCAUAACCCCAACUCAGAAUUAUGAUAGUGACAAUAAUGAUAAUCAUGUAUAUAGUAUUUGUAAAAUUUCAAAUAUUUCGUAAGUAUUUUUUUUCUUCUCUUUUUCUAUAAGUUCCUCCUCUUAAGGAUGGUUUGCUAAAUAACCCGAAUCAACAAAUAUAACAUGUUGUGAUUAUCAACAAAAAAA